GGUAACCGGAAGUUGAUUUUUGAAACAAAAACAAAGGAGCCUCCAAAGAUACAAAUUCGUUUCUGAAGAAACCAUGUAAUAUUAUUUGAUCCAAACGACUGAAGUAUAGAUAAGCUGCAAUGGUUAUCCAGUCAUCUUCCCAGCUAAGAAGAGAAGGUGAAACUAAAGUGACUUAUAUUGCUACAGAACAUGGGAACCAGAUACUUACAGGGCUACAGUCUUUAAGGAAGAAAAGACAACUGUUUGAUGUAACCUUAGUUGCUGAAGGUCAAAAGUUUAAAGCUCACAGAGUUGUAUUGGCCUCUUGUUGUGAUUAUUUCAGAGCCAUGUUUACUGAUGGAUUGAAAGAAACAACACAAGAUAUUAUUAGUAUGAAUGGUGUCACAGCUAAAGGAAUCAAAAGUAUAAUAGAGUUUGCCUACUCAUCUUCCAUGGAACUAGAUAGAGAUAAUGUUGAAGACAUAUUGCUUGCAGCCAAUCAUAUACAGUUAUCACCUGUUAUAGCAGCCUGUACAAAGUUCUUAGAAUCUCACCUGUCUGUUGACAACUGUUUUGAAAUGUUUAAUCUUGCCGACCUUUUAUCUUUAAAAGAAUUGAAAAAUAUAGUUGCCAGAUUCAUGUGUUCACAUCUUGAUCACUUCUUAUUUGACCGAAUACCAAAACUUACAUUUCAUACUCUCCGUCAUAUACUUGACUGUGAUUUUCCUGUAAAUUGCUCAGAAAUGGACAUUUUGUCAGGCAUAUUGGACUGGCUAUAUUUCAAGUUUGACGAGAGAAAGAAUUUGGCCUGUCAACUAUUUUCUCGUUUAAGAUUCAGUGAACUAACUUUAUUAGACAUAGAUACAAUUAGUAAUAAAAAGCAAUUACUACAACUAUUUGAGAAACAGCCAGAAGUUGAAAAAUUGUUCAGAUCAACUGUUCUGACUUCUGUCUAUAAACAGUCUGGUCUUUUGAAUAAUAGAGGUUUUGAAGAAGUAUUAGUUUGUGUAGGUGGGUUCAGCCAUGACAGAGGUAUGACAAACGAUCUACGUUAUUUGAACACUGAAUCAAAUUCAUGGGACAUAUUAACAAAGAUACCUCAUGUAGAACAGUGUGACUUUGGCUUGACAGUCCUAAAUAAUGACCUUUACCUUGUUGGAGGAUGCUACAAUGACCUCAUGCAGGAGAUAAUUCAUCAGUAUUGCUUCAAAUAUAGUCCCCAUGACAAUUGUUGGCAGAGUAUUGCCCCCCUACCGAGUGAGCGAUGUCGCUUGUUUGUAGGUGCUGUUGAAGAGAAGCUGUAUGCAAUAGGAGGCAGGUUUGGCUCAGAUGACUUUGUACAAGACUCUGAAACUCCAUGUGAGUGCUAUGAUCCAGAAGAAGAUCGAUGGGAUCCUAUAUCACCAAUUCCAAACAACAGAUCAGAGCAUGCAGGGGUAUCCCACAGAGGUCAUCUGUACAUAUCAGGGGGCAUUCAUGAUGACCAUGCUCUUUCAGAUUUCUAUGUUUACUAUCCAGAAUUUGAUUAUUGGUCAGAACAUACUCCAAUGCAAUCAAGACGAGCUGACCAUUCAAUGUUUGUUUACAACAAUCAGAUACAUGUGAUUGGAGGUUGGCAUGAGACCAAUGCCGAUGAUAGAGUCUUAGUUAAUAGCAUUGAUUGUUACAACAUCAGCACCAGUCAAUGGGAGACAAUAGGGUCAGUUCCAAAUCCACGACUUUAUGCAUCAUACACAUGUUUUAACAACAAAGUUUAUAUGAUUGGUGGCUGGAUUGACGGAGAUUAUCAGAGAAAGGCGGAAACUGUCCUUGUUCUUGACCUGAAAACCAUGACAUGGUCAGAAAAUCUUACUCCUAAUAUUGAAGCAUGGGAACAUAAUAGCUGUAGUGUUUACAUUCCUAAAUCAUCUCUUACAGAGAGAGUUCUGUAACUAACUGAAAUCAUGAAUAGUCAUUUUUAUUCUGGUUUAAAUAAUGAAAAUUAUAAAAACAAGACCACAUGUUUCUGGUUUAAGUGACAUACAAUGGUUUGGUGAUAAAUUAAGAAAGAAGAAAUUCCAAAUGUUAGUACAAAGUGGUGUAGUUUUGUUUGUUUUAUGAUACUGUAAACUGAUUUAUAUUUUGAGAACCGAUUUUGAAACAAUUUAUUUCUGUGAUUUUCUAUCGUAGCAAUAUUUGUGCUCUUUUCCAUUGCAUUUAAGUAUACUUUAUUAUGCAUUGUGUCUGUGGAUAAAUUUAAUUUGUACAGAUUUUCAUGGCUAUUUGAUUUGUGUUUAGCAAAAGUUUGUAUUCAAUUCUAUAGAAAAUCUAUUAAUAGUUGAACAUUUUAAUUCCUGGUUUCCAUAUUCCCAUGAUAUCAACACAAAUUGGUAACCAACAAAUAAUAAUGAACCCACAAUAUUUUAUUUAUUUCAAUUUUAUGAUUUUUGUUCGACUUCAACAACCAAAGAAACCAGAUCUAAAAUUCAGGUAAAAGGAAGAAGGGAAAAAAAAGUUUGUCAAUUAUGCAUAAAAUUUCACCAUACCAAUUUCUUUGAAUGAAAUUUAACAAUUGAAUUAUCUGGUAUAAGUAUUAUCCAAUAACAGUACUGAAUUUUGUCAAACAAUCGCCUUGGCUAAUUCUUCCAACUUUCUGCUUGCUUUGUUAAUGCAUUUAAGUAUCGCCACUGAAUGUUAUUUAUUCAAACAUCAGUCUAAAAUGAAACUAUAAUGAUCAUGAAUCAUUGAAGAAGGGAAAUUGUUACUUGUACAUGUUCAGGGUACAUCAGGAGGCAUUCCAUAUUUUUACAAUUGCAUUUUGUGUUAUUUAUUUGUGAGUCUGUCUAACAUUCAUGUUUUUAACUACAUGUAAUUGUUUGUUGAUUAUUUAUUUAAUUAUUAUUUAUUAUUUAGUCAUUUUUUUACCUCAAAACUGGUGUUUUUCACAAAAUGCCAUAUGUAUUACAGGCAUAGUGUUUGAAUUAAAAGAACCACUACAUAUGUUCCUGAUAAAUAUUCAGUAAUCUUCCUCAUUAGGCAUUGUAAGAUGACCUUAUAUCUUCACAAUUUAAAUUUUAG